AUGCCGAAGUCAUUGCUAGCAGCUUUCUUGAUGGUUAUGGUUGCUUUCCCAUCUUCAUUUGCAUACUCUCGAUUUGGGCAACAAGCAAAUAGCGAAAUUGUCGGCUCCAGUAACGGUCCCAGCAGAAUCAAUGACAAGAUACUCAGCGGUUCCAACAUUCACUACUAUGGCAGGUUUAGGAGCGGGCAGGAUGAUGUACUUAACCGGUACUUUCAACGGCUAGCUUAA